UAUGCAGAUCCAAUGAUGUAAGAGAUAUGACAAUACUUGGCAAAUUCUGGAGCCCUUUCGGGUUGUGAUCUAUAAGGUGACCCAUUACAGCUGUCUUAGAAGUCUCUGCCCUUUCCCACUCCUCUGUCUGGCAAUGGAAUGGCACAAAGAUCUAGAAUGUAGGUUAGAACCAUGGCGGUGAUGUCACAGCACACAUAGAGUCAGAGUUCCUAUGGAAGAGAAGGAGGAAAAGAGAAGCUGGCAAGGGCUCCACAGGGCAACAUUCCUGACAGCUGUGCUGCUGCUGCUGCUGCUGCAGCAAGUGAAAGGAGUGAAGACUCUGAAGGGCAGUGCAAGCCUGGAUGAUGACAGGAGUCAGAAAGAGAAAAUAUUCUCUGCAGACCAGGGCCAAGAGCAGUUUGAAGAACACUUUGUGGCUUCAUCAGUAGGUGAGCUGUGGCAGGUGAUAGAUAUGGCGCAGCAAGAAGACAUGAUCUCCCAGGCAAGAACUAUCCGGGACCACCUCUUUGAUCUAGCCUUCUGCUUCAACCUGGCUAGCAUCAUGCUUUUUUUAUGAGAGACUUUGAGGUAGAGGCAUUAGUCUGGGCCGUUCAUGAGGACUUGAACAUCUACCUCCCCUUUGUGAUUGCUUUCUGACCUCCUCUCCCACAUGCCUCCUCACAUGCAUACCCUACUCCCUGUCUCUAAGAAGCAUCUGGCCUUAGGGUGUAUCAACAGCACUUUCCCAACUCCCACUGACACCACCUAAUUGCCACCUCAAGCCAGAAUUUCAUGUCCUAGGGCUAAAGAAACCAAACCCACACCCUUCUCUCUUAAGCCUUGUCUAAACCAGCAGGUUAGAGGGAGGAGACUGACAAUAAAGUAGCAAUAGUAAUAAAAUCUUG